AUGUCUGGAAACGCAGCGGCACUCAAACAGCGGGGCAAUGAGCGGUUCAAGGCCGGAGAUUUCCUCAGAGCUUCAGAACUCUACGCCCAGGCUGAAAAAGCUGAUCCGCGCGAUGCGGUGUAUCCCUCCAACCUGAGCGCCGCACUCUACGAAGCCGCGGACUAUGCCACCUGCUCGGAAGCAGUCCUGCGCUCCUGGAAGCUCUUGAGAGGCCGCGAAGACGCAAAAGCGGACCUUACGGCAAGGCUCUCGGGGCGGCUUGCCAAAUCUCUCUGUCACGGAGUCCGGGCAAAGACUGUCACAUUGGACUCUCUCGCUGCGCAUGGGCCGGAUAUCCAGCAGAUGCGAAACGUUGCAGUCAAAACUACUGCAAGUUCAAGUUCUUCGGUCAUCGAGGAACUGAAUCGCGUUUGGAGCGAAUGGGACGCCGUUAAAGCCGAAGCUACCGCAUACGUGGAGAACGGAAGGGAGGGCUUGCGCGGGUUUUCUCGGUUGCCUAUGUUUUAUAAACCGCUCGAUACCACGAGGGAGUUCUUUUCGAUUGGAACCGACGACAUCAUCGACUUAACCGCCGGAUGGGGCCCUGAACAGCUCUAUCCACUGAAGUUCGACAAAUUACCAUCCCUUGAUGUCGCGUUCCUGUUUGGAGGCGUCGGAGAUGGUCGUCACGCGUUUGGGACUAUCGCUGGGCUCUCACAAGCCCUCACUAAACUGCCGAAAGCGAAGCGGUCGCAGUCCAACGCUCAUCUCACUCUCCUCGACAUUCACGACGGCACGAUCGCGCGCGACCUAUGCAUCUUGUUGCUCUUGCACGAGCUGAACAGCACGAGCGAUUCCACAGCGCGAUCGGAGAUCAAGGCUACGCUCACCUACACGUUCGGUGGCGUUGCAAUGCCAGACUACUGCUAUAGGCGUCUUGAGAUGGUCAUCAAGGAUCUGCGCAAACGACUCGACUCGACUCCGCCCGACCUCCCCGCCUGGCUGUACCUCUCCUCGGACAGCGUCCCCGCCAUCACGCCGACGCUCGACUACUGGCUGACGACCAAAAAGACGACCAAGCGCAUGCUUGAGCGGCACUCGCACAUGUCCCCGGACGACCCGCGAGCGGAUAUUGUCGCGUUCCACCCCGGAGGGAACAAAGAUCGUCAAAAGGCGUUCAAGGACAAGAGGGACGCUGCGUACGCUCAGAUCCGCACCGUGCUCCAGAGCUUGACCCCUGAGCAGCUCAGGACCUGGCCAAUAUUCUCACGGAACACGCCCGCGGCGGAGAUGCUGGCGUACGUGCGAAACAACAUGGAGACGCUUGUGGAGAAGUUCUGGAAUGAGAGCAGGGGCGGCAAGGUGCCGCUGCACGAGGAGGCGUGGUACUGGACCACGAAGGUGUUCUUCCCGCCGCGGGAGCUGCUGAAGCGCCAUCCGGGGUUCGACGAGGCAUGGAAGCGCAUCCGAAACAACGAGGAGAUAUCUGAAUCUACGCAACGCAAGCUCCAGAAGCAGAUAGAAAGCGAGUGGAAGCCAAACAUCACGCUCUUCGACACUAAAUGCGCCGAUCCGAAGUGUUAUCCGGAUGCGGAUGGCUACCCCGAUUACACGAUCGACAUGUUCCACACGGUCGCGUACAUGGACCACUUCAACAAGCGCAAUGGGCCUCAUGCACAGGACCCAAUGCGAACGGACGAGAACAUGCUCGCUGCCCUGGCCUGCGGGGCCUUCUUCGAGGAAGUCGCGGCUGCCAUCAAAUCGCUUGACGGGCAUAUCGUCGUUGAACUUAUUUGUGGCGGCCUCUCCGAUGAACUGCUGAAAAUGCAGUGCAGAGGCGAUGUAACACGUCCUGCGGAAUUCCCGAGGAAGUACACAAGGAUGUGGCUCAGCAACGUACCGGACUAUACGCAUGGGACGCAGAACGUGAUUGUCUAUGCGAUUCCGAGCUUGCAAGACGACCCACAAGCCGCCUUGGCUUUCAACUGUAUGCUGAAUACGAUGGCGUGGGGUGGCGACGAUGAAUUCUUCACCACGUACACACUACUGCUCCCAACGGAGGUGUCCAGAUACCUCGGGUGUCGUGUCAUCGAUUCCAAAGUCGUCAUGAAGGUCUGUGUGCUCGGUUCCCACUCUUUGCCUCGCCCCCUUUCUUCGCUCGCAACCCGGGAAGAGCUCACCGCCUGGCUCACACGUGUCUUGUUCAAUACCUUCAUCCCCGCUCGCUCCAAACCCCGCCCGCACAACGUGCAUGCCCCCCACAACCUCACGGCGUUCUUCGCGCUGCUCUUCUACCUGCACCACGUCGGGUACCCCGCGCACUGGCUCUCCGAAUUCCUCGCGCGCGUGCUCAGCGGCAGCAUGGUAUCCGACAUCCCUCGGUACGACGGGUCCUGGCCGAUCCCUGUCACGGAGCGCCUUCGCCGCGUACCCUCGCGCCGCGUGCGCACCGACCCGUGGCUCGUCGACUUCGAGAACAUCAUCGCGACCGCGUACAACGCGCUCCCCUUCCCCAUCGCCACCGCGCUCCCGGAGGACUUCUCGCGCGACAUCACCGACAUCCAGGUGUGGGAGGCGCAGGUGACGCCUGCGCAGCGCUUCUCCAUGGAUCCGUGGAUGAACACCACUGGUUCCCCGUAUGACCCGCGCACGUCGCUUCUGUUCUGGCGGCCGUUGGAGGUGGCGGCGAGCGCGCUCAUCGGGGACAUGGCGCGCAUUUUCGAAGGGAAGGGCGAGCCUGCGCCUGGCACGUUCUUCGUGCUCACGAUGCAGGAGUACGUGCAGUAUGAGACUCGUAUUCGGUUCAAGCUCAGUCGGAGGCGCGUCGCACGGAUGCGGACGGAGAAGUGGAGUAUGAUGGCGUACCGGCAUGAUAAUGGCCAGCAAGCGACGCGUCCGGUUCCCGUCGAGAAGUGGACUCUUGUGACAUAG